ACUUGAAGACAGUUGAGAGUUUCCUGGUUGGAAUGUCACAUUCCUCCUAUCACACAUCCUUGUCAAUGAGCUUUAGGUUUAGAAGAAAUUUAACUUUAUUUACAUUUCCUUCCCCCUCAGCCCCCUUCAGUUUUAUGAAGGGGAGGGCGAUGUUAGGGCUUUAGGAACUGAGUUACUUGUCUCUGGAAGUUAGGCUAUUGAUAAGAUAGCUUCUUUGUUGUAAAUCACUAGGACAUUUGUAAACCAAGGGAGACUCCUGUCCUGCAGGAUCGUGAUCUCUACAAGUUAACUAUUUGUUUUUCUUUUAGGGCAGCCAGGAGUGCCUGAGGGAUGUCACACAUGUUACUGAGGUGUCGGGGUGAGAGGGGGUGUAAGGCGCCAGCUUUUGCUUUGUUCUCAGCCAGGCUUUUGCUCCCUCAUCAGGGGCAUGGCAGCACCUAUCUGCCCAAACUGAGGUGGGUUCCCUAGGGGGCUGAUUUGAGGGCAGGGGUCAGGGAGUGCAUCAGACACUCAGAUCAGAUGGCUGUCAAACAGCCACUGAAACUGGAAGUGGCCUCAGGGGGUAUGCAGGGUUCUCCCCCUGAGAGGGUUCUGCGCUGCUCCAAAGGGCAGUUUCCUCCUGGGUGGCAAUCGGAGUCCUGUGGUAUGCAGCAGAGGUCCCCAGUCUGGUGGGCAUGGGGGCCAGGCUUCUGAGGACAGAAGCCUGUAUCCCAUCCUAGGGUUAGGGUUAGGGCCUAAGGACAUGGCAGGCCCAAUCUGCCAGCACUUAGUCUCUCUGGGGCUCAUGUUCGAGGGGGGGCAGGUGGCAUGUCAGAACCAGGGUUCAUGGCCUGGGGUGCCACCCAAUGUUGGGGUGACCUUAGGGGGGUGCAGGUUUCUCCGGCUCAAAGGGUUGUGUGCAGCUCCAAAUGGGACAGUUUCAUCCAGGGUGGCAGACAGACUCCUGGCCUGUGGCUCAGAGGUUCCCAAUCAGGAGGGCUUGGGGCCAGGACUCUGGGGACAGAAGCCUGAUAACCCAGCCUAGGGUUAGAGUUAGGUCCAAGGGGCAUGGCAGAGCAGAUAUGCAUGCAUUGAGACCAGCACCCCAGAAGGCUGAAUGGAGGGAGUGCUUGGCCACUCGUGGGCCUGGCUUUUAGACCACUUUUCAAGCACGGCUCCGACCACCACCACUCAAGACCUCAAGCUAGUUCCUAGAGGAUCUGCUGAAAGCCUGGGCAGGCAGAAGGGAGUUGGCUGGGUUUCCAACCAAUUCUCACCAGGUUUCUGCCCAAAUCAAGAUCUAUUUGAGGGACAUGUGGCUCCUGUAAAGGCCCCACCUGAGGGGAGCUUUCUGAGGGCAGAGAUGACAGUAGACUCUGGCUGACCAUCACUCUCCAUGUUGCUGGCCUGUUGGUGCUCCGAAGGUGGGGAUGGCCUCUGGGGAAAGGGGGGUGUCAUACAACCGUUUCCGGCUCUCAGUGUUCUGUGCAGCACCAAAUGGGACAGUUUCUAUGUGGGUGAUAAGCAGACCUCUGGGGAUUCGCUUUGGGGUCCGCACUCCAAAGGCCAAAUGGGACACGCCCUAGAAAUAAAAGCCUGAGAACCCAAACUGGGUUUCCACUAAGGGCCUAAGGGCAUGCCAGCAUCAAUCUAUAGAUACUGAGGUGUUAUACACUGUGGGGCUGAGUUGAGCUUCAGAAAAUUGGCCAGACCCACCCGGCCAACUCCCUUCCAGCCCCCGGGCAUUCAGCGGAGCCCCCUGGGCCUGCCUCGAAGUCCCAAGUGGUCACAAUCUUAGCUCUGCAAGAAAGCGCUAUAAAACCAGGCACACGCGAGGCCAAUUCCUGCCUCUUCAAAACCUUAAGGUGUGCUGGUCUCAAUGCAGGCAGAUCAAGCCUGCCAUGAGCCUAGGCCCUGCCCUAAUCCUAGGUUACAUAAUCAGGCUUCCAUCCCAGAGGCCUGACCUCCAAAUCCUCCAGAUUGGGGACCAGUGAGUCACACCACAGGACUCUCCUUGCCACCCAGAACGAAACUGUGCCUUUUGGAGCUGCGCACAACCCUCACAGCUAGAGAAAGCUGCAUGCAGCCCCCAGAGGCCACCCACACCUUCGUCGCCCCAGCAAGCCACCGACAUGGAGAGCGACAGUCAGCCAGAGUCCCUCCCACACCUCUGACCUCAGAAAACUCCCCUCAGAUGGGACCCUCAGGGAACCACGUGUUCCUGACCCCAGUUCCCCUGUGGUGGCAACACACGCCUAGCCAGAAACAGGUCUGUACAGGGGGCACCAGUGUGGCCCAAAUCUUGGCACAUCACCUGCCAAUUCUCACGAGCUUUUGAAAGGCCUGGACAAACCUCACCCCACCCGAAACUUCUUUACGCCCAAAAGUGUUAUCAACCAGCUACUUCUGCUUCUGUAAAAGUGCUUGCUCAACAUGCGGGCUAACUAGCUACUUUCGCUUCUGUUCAAAUGCUUGCUUAAUGCGCGCGUGGGCUCCCAACACCAAUCAACCAACACCAGGUAUGAUAUUUUUAACUUGUUUGUACCCCACCCAAAAACUUGGUUGUACCUGCUUAUAAAAACCCUGCACUUACUCUGCUCGGGACCUCUCAGCAUCACCGGCAAUGAGUGCGCGGAGGUCUGGGUUUGAACUCGUAAUAAACGACCCUUGCUGCUUGGCUUUGACUUGCGUCUCUGGUGGUCUUUUAAGGUGGGCGUACAACGCAUCCGGCAUUAUAUUUGGGGGCUAUCCUGGGAUACCCCCCUUCAGGACCACCAGACAACCGGUCAACAGGUCGUCGGGAGCCGAUCGACCCCAACAGGAUGGCUGGGACUACAACGCGGCAGAAGGUAGGGGACGACUGCUCAUUUAUCGCCAGACUCUAAUGGCGGGGCUCCGGGCUGCUGCUCACAAGCCCACUAAUUUGGCCAAGGUAUAUGCACUAAUGCAAGGUAAGACAGAGAGUCCAGCUCCAUUUCUAGAAAGGUUGAUGGAAGCCUUUAGACAGUUUACCCCCAUGGACUCUGAAGCUCCUGAGAAUCAGGCAGCAGUGGUUAUGUCCUUUGUGAACCAGGCAGCCCCAGACAUUAAGAAAAAAUUACAGAAAUUAGAGGACUUAGAAGGGAAACAGAUCCAGGAUCUACUUAGGAUUGCCCAGAAGGUUUUUAACAAUAGAGAGGCACCGGGAGAAAGGCAGUUAAAGGCCAUGGAAAAGAUGACUAAAGUCUUGGCGGCAGUAGUACAGCAGGACAGCACCCCCAUGCGCAAAGGCGGAUCCCCUCCACACCUCUUAUGGCGGGACUUAGAGCCGGGGCAUAGCCAAGGGGAUCUUGACCCAACACCUGGGUCUAUGGCGACGGCCAGUAGCUUACCUGUCUAA